UUCACAGCUUCGGCUGAUUUGACAUCCAGGACGUGUCCUGCAAAUGCGACGAGAUGAAAGCUAACGUUGGCUAUCUUUUUAAAAUUCCACUACUCGCUUCCCUUCCACUUCCUUAGCUGUCUCUCGAGUCUUUUUCCAGUUUGUGAAUUUGUACGGCAGUCUGUUAGAAAAGCUUGUUGUUGUGAGAGAGACUUCAGCUGCAGUGAAUAUGGAUUGAUCUGUGCUGCUGAGGAAGCCAGGAAUGGAUUGAAGUGCGGAAGCUAGCGUUAGCCGGCUAGCCAUGGAGGGAGACAGAGGAGCCUGUGACUUUGUAUUGUUAGCUUCUGUACCGUAAAAUGACUUCAUGUUACUUAUUCGCCGCCCGAAAGUAUUCAAUCCACGCAUGUAAUUCUUCUUAAAGUGCGCCAGUGCUAUGCUGCGCACACGCCCUGAAUAUGUCAGCUGCCCCGCACAUACCGCAGAUACCCAGCUGGCUGUCAGCACGUAGGUCCCAUUCUACACUGAAGCCGGGUUUUUCACCUUGCAGCCAAACACACCAGCUUGACUACCCCUUAAUAUGCUCCACUAAAUUUGGUUAAUUUUAAAGAUUGAGUUCAGGUCUUCUAAUUCAGGUGUUCCGCGUCAUUAGGUGCCACUUGACAGCUUUAGAUUGAACUUUGCAUAAGUUGCAGAAGCAGUAGACCAGUGUGGGCCCCUCCUCGGUUGUAUGGGAAACGGUGCCGGCUGUAGCAGGACAGCUGUAGAUCAACGAUGGGAGGCUCUGUGUCUUGCUGCAUCUCCCCCGGAGAGAGUCCCAAGAUCCACAGGAGAGCGGUGGAGCUGGAGGAGUGUCCCAUCACCACCACCGAGGACGUGAGUGAGGACACUGGGACCUACCUGCAGCACAUCAGUGACCGGGAGCUCCCCGAUGAACUGGCCCAAGAGGCGAACCCAUCCGACCACCCAAGAGCCAGCACCCUCUUCCUGAACAAGUCGCAGACAGACGUACGGGAGAAAAGGAAGAGCAACUACCUGAAUCAUAUGUCCCCGGGGCUCCUGACAAAGAAGUACAGUUCCUGCUCGACAAUAUUCAUCGAUGACAGCACGGUCAGCCAGCCCAACCUGAAGAGCACCAUCAAAUGCGUCGCAUUGGCCAUUUACUAUCACAUAAAGAACAGAGAUUCAAACCGGUCACUGGAUAUAUUCGACGAGAAGAAGCACCCUCUGUCGCGAGAAAAGGUUCCAGACGACUACUCUGUGGUGGACCCAGAGCACAAACUCAUCUACCGCUUCAUACGGACGCUGUUCAGCUCUGCACAGCUCACAGCCGAGUGUGCAAUCGUCACUCUGGUAUACCUGGAAAGGCUCUUGACAUACGCUGAGAUGGACAUAUGCCCCUGUAACUGGAAGCGGAUCGUUCUCGGUGCCAUCCUGCUGGCCUCCAAGGUCUGGGACGACCAGGCCGUGUGGAACGUCGACUACUGCCAGAUCCUCAAGGAUAUCACAGUGGAGGACAUGAAUGAGAUGGAGCGGCACUUCCUGGAGCUCCUGCAGUUCAACAUCAACGUCCCAGCCAGCGUCUACGCCAAAUAUUACUUUGACUUGCGCUCCCUGGCUGAUGACAACAACCUCAGCUUCCCUCUGGAGCCGCUUAGCAACAAGCGGGCCCAGAAACUGGAGGCCAUCUCCAGGCUCUGCGAGGACAAGUACAAGGACCUGAGUAAAGCUGCUAUGAGGAGGUCGAUCAGCGCCGACAACCUGGUUGGCAUGAAGAACUCCCAGGCUGUGCUGUCUUAAGUAUCUGGCGGCCAUCUUGGAUGUGGCGAGGAGGUGGAGCAGCGGGCCAAAUGGGAAGCUCCGGGAUGUGACGCUGCAGCCAAGAAGACAGACGGCAUUCGUCAAGAGACAUUUUCAAAGUAGAGUAAUGUCCAUAACUGAAAAGUUUCAUUACAAAAUGUUAAAUGUCGACUUUUGGGAGGAAGAAAAGACCAGAAGGUUGACCGUGCAGCAGCUCUAAACUAUGAGUCCAGUCUCUGUGUGUUCAUUACAAAGUAAAUUUAAGCUAUCUGCUUCUAAAGCAUGGUGAUUUGGUGAAAUAUUUUGCAGAUUGUCACUUUUUUUUUUUUCUUUUUUCCCCCCAAAUGGUGGACGUGUAACUUGGGAAGGAAUCUGCAUGAAAAUGCUUCCCGAACCCACACAAAUUGAGGACCUCAUCUUCUUUUUUUUAUUUUUUUUUUAUUUUUUAAACAUAAUUUACAUCAGCCGACCUUUCAGGAAGUUCGUUCUCUGGCUUCUGCUCUCUUCUCUCCACCAGCCGUGUCAUCACUCCUGUAUUCACAUGACGGACUGUACUGAACUACCCUGUGGUGUAGUUCUGCACAUGGACAAAGAGUAGACUUUGUUUUGCUUACUAUGUAGGCUCCUAUAGCUGUGAAAUGUACGAGACUUUAUUUAAUUCAAAUAAAUUUCGUUCGCUGUUCAAGUCGAGGCUGCUUCGGUGGGAAAAUGUGUCUGGGUGACUUUUGUUCUGUGGGCGUUUUGGGGUGUUUUUGAUAAAUGAAGGAGUGAAAAAACAA